AUGGCGACGGUGGCAAAGGAUCAGGUUCAACGCGCCGUGCAGGCCCUGCUUACGCACUACGAGAACGACCAGGCCAUCAAGGCGAAGGAGGCCAAGGCCAAGGAUCUGAUCGAGGAGGAUGAGACCCUGUCCCUCAUCAUUACCUGGAAGAAGCUUCCCAAGCCAAAGGUCGUUGGCAAGCACAGAACCGGCCCUCUCCUCAAGCCGCUCGCC